AUGAACCGUCCGCCGCCGGCCGUCGAGCCGCACGACCCGGCCUUUCGCCAGCUCAAGGAGAUGUACAGCUUUUUCAAAGACGCGACUGGCACCGCUCUCCGUGACGAGAACACGCCCCCGCCUCGGUACUCCGCCGCGCGUUCGGUCAACAAUGCGGUCAAGAACGGGCCGCCGGCUCUCGCGCGAGCAUGGAGCGGCCUGUCGCCAGCUCAACGCGACCGCAUGCUCGAGCUUCUUCUCAAGUACUACUGCGAGUCGAGGGGCAACCUGGACUACGACCUGUCUCGUAUCAUCUUCAAGAACCUCCGUAACGAUGUCCUGUACUCGUGCUUCGAGGACUCGCAGCGAGCCGCCACGGCCGACACGCCCAACCUGUUCGACCACUUCAACAUGCUCCUGGGCCUCCUCAUGUUCCUCUACUCGGCGCCCAUCUGCGCGCGCGAGUUCAAGGCGUUCGAGGACCUGCGCUGCGACGUCGGCAAGGCGCGCGCCCUCCUGUCGAGAGCGCAAGGGGUGCACGGCGAGUACGAGCAGUCAGUUCUCAAGAAUGCCGAGGGCCAGCUCAACGAGCGCCUGCGCGAGGUCAACGCCGUGCGGGACGAGCACCUUAAGCAGGUCAAGGCGGCGUUCGCGCUCCUGUACGACAUCGCCGCGCUCGUGCCCGGCUUCUCCGAAGCGCACUUCGCCGCCGUCGAGGUCUACUUCUCGCAGCUCGACUCGGGUCAGCAAGUCGCCGCCAUCGCCUGCGUGCGCGCCUUUGUCUUUGCGGCGUGCGAGGAGCGGGCCAUGCGAGGAGAGGCGCUCAACCCGGAUCGGCAUCUCGCCAAGGUCCUCGUCGCCCUGCACGCGCACGACAUCGGCCAUACGCUGUGCGCCGCUCACCUCGCGUCGAUCGUCAACUACUACAAGUCGCAGGGCGCCCCCUCGGCCGAUGUCCAGCACAUCCACGCCGUCUACAACCGGUUCUGCGGCAAGACGUGGACAACCUGGUUCCCGCAGUUCGCCCUCUCGCUGCAGGUGCACGUCGUGAAGACGAUGAACGCGCUCCUGGGGCGCCUUCAUCCGCUCACGGCUCGACAGGCGCUCCACGAGCUCGCCGUCAUUCUUCCGAUGCACUCGGCGAACCCGAUCGACUGGGAGCCCGCACUCACGGUCGACGACCCUCCCGUCCUCCUCCACUCUCUCGCCCACAGCGCCUCGACCCAUCACGCACGUUACGGCGCCCACUCGACGAGCUCGGCGACGUCGAGCCGCUACUUUCCGCAGGCGAGGAGCGCGAGAUCACUCCUCGCCGCCCCUAUCCUCACGCACAUCGCCGCCGUCACGCGUCCCGACGCUUCGCCGACCGUCAUGAGCAGCCCGCCCGACUCGUCCGCCGCAGCGCCUGUCCUCGAGCCCGACGAUCCGCUGUUCCGCCAGAUCGGCGACGUGUACAGCUUCUUCAAGGACCCAGCCGGCGCCACGCUCAAGCGCAAGGACUGUACGCCCGAGGAGCUUGCGCACCACCACGUCGCCGCCUCGCUCAACGAGAGAGCGGGGCGAGGGUUGAACAGCGCCUUGCAGUCGUGGGACCAGAUGUCGCAAACCCAGCACGAGCGUCUGGUCGAGCUCCUGCUCAAGUACUACUGCGAGUCGAGGGCCGACCCGAAGAAGAAGGAGUGGCCUAUUUCCUUCCCCCAGCUACGCAACGAGAUCGGCUGCCCGUCCACCCUGCCGGCUCGGCAGCCACAGCUUCCCGCCCAUGUCCUCACCCCCUUCCAGCGCCUCAACAUGCUCCUGGGCCUCGCCGUCACGCUCUACAAGGCGCCGAUCGACGGGCGCGAGUUCAGGGCGUUCGAGCAGAUGCGACAGGUCAUCGGCAAGAGGCGCCGCCAGGUGACGAGGGCCCCAAGCACCACCCCGGGCCUCCUUCCAGACGCACAGCAAGCCUUUGCGGACGCCGAGGCAGUGUUCAAGACGCGGCUGCACGAGGUCAACGAGAGGCGCGUCGUGCGCCUUCAGCAGGUCAAGGCCGCCGUGUGGCUCCUGUACAACAACGCCGCGCUCGUGCCCGGCUCCUCCAACGGAGCGCACCACGCCGCCGUUGAGGUCUACUUCUCGCGUCUCGACUCGGGUCAGCAAGAUGCCGCCAUCGCCCAGGUCCGCGAGUUUGUCUUUGCGGCGUGCGAGGAGCGGGCCGUGCGAGGCGAGGCGCUCAACCCGGACCAGCAUCUCGCCGAGAUCCUCAACGCGCUGCGGGCGCACCACCUCGGCCACGCGCUGUGCGCCGUUCCCCUAGCGUCGAUUGUCAUCUGCUUGGAGUCGCAGGAUGCGCCCUCGGCCGUCGUCAAGCACUUCCGAGGCGUCCACCGCCAGUUCUGCAGCGUCGAGUGCACCCACCUGUUCUCGCACCUCGCCCUCACGCAGCAGCUGCACGCCGUCGUCGAGGUCCGAAGUCUGCUUCGGCGCGUUCGGUUCGAGACGCCCAAGGCUCGGGAGGCGGUCAAAGAGCUCGACGAUAUCCUGCCGAUGGGCUCGGAAGAUUCGACGAGCUGGAAGCACGCUCUCAAAGUCGACGACCCUCCCGUCCUCCUCCACUCUCUCGCCCACAGCGCCUCGACUCGCCGCGCACCUUUCGGCGCCGACUCGACCAGCUCGGCGACGUCGAGCCGCUACUUUCCGCAGGCGAGGAGCGCGAGGUAGUAGAGCGAGGACCGAGCGGCGAGGGAGCGAGGGGCGAGUGCAACUUGGGUCGUUCGAGCU